AAAGUCGCGGUCGCUCCUCCUUCCAAAGCAAGGAAGGAAGAGAGAGAGCAGGGCCAGCACAAAACCCUCGUCGUCGGCCGGCCCGCUUCUCUCUCCUCUCUCCUCCGCCGCGCCAUAAACCCCAAUCUUCCGCCGCCGCCAUGGCUCGCAACAAGGAAGGGCUGGUUUUGCUGCUGGAUGUCGGGCCAUCGAUGCACGGGGCGCUGCAGGAAGUCGAGAAUGUUUGCUCCACUCUCCUUCGUAAGAAGCUAGUGUAUAAUAGGAGUGAUGAGGUCGGGAUUGUCCUAUUUGGAACUAAAGAAACGUGCAAUGACCUCGCGAAGGAAAUUGGUGGCUACAAGCAUGUGGUGGUUAAGCAUGAUAUUAAAGUUGUCGAGGAAGGAACAAAAGAUGCUCUUCAAAACCUUCCACGGGGGACUGCCCCUGGCGAUUUUCUGGAUGCUAUUGUUGUCGGUUUGGAUAUGCUGAUAAAGAGAUUCGGAAAUACCAAAGGAAAGCACCGCCUGUGUCUAAUCACCGAUUCACAACAUCCAUUAAGAGAUCCUCCUGAAGGGACAAAAGAAGAUCAGGUGGACACAAUUGCAGAGCAGAUGAAAAAACAUGAUAUUAAGAUGGAUUGCAUUGUUUUCAGAGAAUCUGGAGUUCAGCACAAUUCUGUAAUGGAUGAAAAUGACCAAUUAUUAUAUCACUUCAGAGAUAGGUCUGUGGCCAAGGUUGUCCAGGUUGACACCCCAACAUCACUCUUAGGUGCUCUCAAGACUAGAAUUGUACUCCCAGUUACUAUCUUCAGGGGAGACCUGGAAGUGAGCUCUAAUUUGAAAAUCAAGGUGUGGGUCUAUAAGAAAACAUCCGAGGAGAAAUUCCCCACUUUGAAGAAGUAUUCGGAUCAGGCUCCUCCGAGUGAUAAAUUUGCCUCGCAUGAAGUCAAAGUGGAUUUUGAAUACAAAAGCAUUCUAGAACCAGAUACAGUUGUUCCACCAGAUCAAAGAAUUAAGGGCUAUCUUUAUGGUCCUCAAGUUGUUCCUAUAUCAUCUGCUGAAUGGGAGGCUGUCAAAUUCAAACCAGAGAAAGGUGUAAAGCUUCUAGGCUUUGCAGAUAGAUCCAGCAUACCGCGGCACUAUUUUAUGAAAGAUGUGAACUCCUUUGUACCUGAACCGGGAAACAAAAAAGCAACUGUUGCAGUUUCUGCCAUAGCUAGAGCAAUGCAAGAAAUGAAUAAGGUCGCAAUUCUGCGAUGUGUCUGGAGACAGGGCCAAGGAAAUGUCGCUUUUGGUGUACUGACACCAAACAUCUCAUCAGUGAAUAACGUUCCAGAUUCCUUUUUCUUCAAUAUACUUCCAUUUAGUGAGGACAUCAGGGAGUUUCAGUUUCGUUCCUUCAGCAGUCUACCAUCAUCAUCACAACCUACUGAAGAACAGCAGGAAGCGGCAGAUAGCCUAGUGAAGAUGUUAGACCUUGCGCCACCUGGAAGGGAAGAGAUCCUCAGGCCUGAUUUCACACCAAAUCCCAUGUUGGAGAGGUUCUACAGUUUCCUUGAUCUGAAGUCAAAAGAGCCAGAUGCAAAUGCCCCACCACUUGAUAAAUGUUUAAGAAGGAUAACCGAGCCUGAUUCUGAUAUUAUUGAUUAUCAAGCACCAUUGAUCCAAAAUUUGGGAAAAGCAUUCGAGCUGAAGGACAACCCCAAGAGAAAGAAAGCCCGGACACAAGAGAGAUUGAAUUAUACAGCUGCGGAUGAUCAAACAAAAAAGUCAGCAGAUCCUUAUGCAGAGAAGGCUAAGGCAAUAGAAGUUUUGUAUCCUUCGGCAGAGAAGGUUGGGAAGAUCGGAGAUCUAAAUCCUGUUCAAGAUUUUGAAGCUAUGCUUACAGAGAGAUCCAGCUCAAUAUGGGUUCAGAAGGCAAUUGAAGAGAUGCAGAAGUACACAACUGUGUUGAUAGAAAAUUCUCCUCAAGGAGAUUAUUACCAAAAGGCACUCGAGUGUAUUGUUGCCCUUCGGAAGGCCUGUAUAAUUGAACAGGAACCGAAUGAAUUCAACCAAUUUCUGACUAAGCUUUAUAAGAGAUUGAAGAACGUGGAUGAUGUUGCUAAGUUCUUUCAACUACUUUCAUCCAAGAAUGUUUCUCUUAUAAGCAAAGAAGAAGCACCUGACAGCGAUGUGACAGAAGAGAUGGCAAGAAGCUUCUACUUGAAACCUGAAGCAUCCUCCCAGUAGCAUGGUUCUGAGUUUUUGACGCCUGGAGGCCAGGUAAACAGAGAACCGGAAGACAUCAAACUGUCGCUAAUGCUAAAUCCUGACAUUAGUUUAGCUUUAGCCCAGCAACACUCAUGUUCUGAAGCUUGGUCAUCGUAUUCAUGUCUGAAGCUUGGUCAUGUUAUCUGAUAUGAUACUGUGUAGCAUGAGUCUUGACGAACACACUAGCAGCUAAGCUACUGUUUUGGAACCCCAAUAUGUAUUUUAAUGCCUAACUGUUUUGGAAAGGGAAGUUCUGAUGGAAUGAAGAAA